AUGUGUUUUCUUGGGUUCAUACUAGUUUUUGAUGAUGGGGAUGAAAGGACCUUGAGACGAACUUCAUUAUGCUUGAAGGGAGAAAGGCACUUUGCAGAAAGUGAGACACUUGAUCAACUGCCACUAACCAAUCCAGAGCACUUUGGAACUCCAGUUAUUGGGAAGAAAUCUAAUAGAGGAAGAAGAUCUUCUCUUCCUGUUACUGAAGAUGAAAAGGAAGAAGAAAGUAGUGAAGAAGAGGAUGAAGAUAAAAGACGUCUCAAUGAUGAAUUGCUUGGCAAAGUUGUGAGUGUGACUUUUAAUUCUGAGAAGGCAGACUGGUAUCCAGCUUUGGUUGUGUCUCCCAGCUGUAAUGACGACGUCACAGUGAAAAAGGACCAGUGUUUAGUUCGAUCCUUUGCAGAUUCCAAAUUUUACUCAGUAGCAAGAAAAGACAUUAAAGAACUGGAGAUUCAAAACUUACCAAAAUCUGAGUCCUCUCCUAAAAAAGGGCUACAGGAGGCAAGCGCGUUUCUCAAUACAAAGGGUGUUCCUCGGAACUGGAAAAUGGACAUAAGUGAAAUUCUGGAGUCUUCUAGCAGCGAUGAGGAAGAUGGAGCUGCUGCAGAAACUGAUGAAGAGGAAGAAAAAAGAGAAGAGAAAACCGAAGAAGUAGUG